UCAUUUCCUUCAUUUCCUUGGGGAAUGAAACCCAUGAUCUUCAGUUCCUCAGAGAAGUGAAAGCAGCAACAGGGAAUCCAGUAAUUCCUGUUAUCUGCAGGCUUCACAAGUCAGAACUCACUCUCCAGACACUGCUGUCCUCUCUCCAAGCCCUGAAGCCAGAGGAGCCCAGGAUGUCUCAGCUGCUGGUCUCCCUGAUGCUUCUCCUCCUCUCCACCCACAGCUCCCUGGCCCUGAGGAUCUGCUCCUUCAAUGUGAGGUCAUUUGGGGAAUCCAAGAAGGCAAACUGUAAUGCCAUGGAUGUCAUCGUGAAGGUCAUCAAACGCUGUGACAUCAUACUCCUGAUGGAAAUCAAGGACAGCAACAACAUGAUCUGUCCCACGCUGAUGGAGAAGCUGAAUGGAAAUUCAAGAAGAAGCGUAACAUAUAACUAUGUGAUUAGUUCUCGGCUUGGAAGAAACACAUAUAAAGAACAGUAUGCCUUUCUCUACAAGGAAAAGCUAGUGUCUGUGAAGAAAAGCUAUCUCUACCAUGACUAUCAGUCUGGAGACACAGAUGUAUUUUCCAGGGAACCCUUUGUGGUCUGGUUCCAGUCACCCUACACUGCGGUCAAGGACUUCGUGAUCAUCCCCCUGCACACCACCCCUGAGACAUCCGUUAAAGAGAUUGAUGAGCUGGUCGAUGUCUAUCUGGAUGUGAAACGCCGCUGGGAGGCCGAGAAUUUCAUUUUCAUGGGUGACUUCAAUGCUGGCUGCAGCUAUGUCCCCAAGAAGGCCUGGAAGAACAUCCGCCUAAGGACUGACCCCAUGUUCAUUUGGCUGAUCAAGGACCAAGAAGACACCACAGUCAAGAAGAGCACAAACUGUGCCUAUGACAGGAUUGUGCUUCGAGGCCAAGAGAUUGUCAGCACCGUUGUUCCUGGCUCAAACAGCAUCUUUGACUUCCAGAAAGCUUACAGGUUGACCGAAGAGAAGGCCCUGGAUGUCAGCGACCACUUUCCAGUUGAAUUUAAACUUCAGUCUUCAAGGGCCUUCACCAACAGCAAAAAAUCCAUCUCUUCAAAGAAGAAAAAAAAGGCCAGUCGCACCUAAAUACAAGGCACCAUUUUAUUAACCAUUUCUUGCCUCUCAAUAAAGCAAGAACUGUUCCUUGUGCUUGGGAAACAA